AUGACACAAACAAGUUUGAAAUCUAUUAAACCCGGAAGUGUCCCCCUGCCCCCCUACGACCCCGAGAUCACCGCGGUUGAAGACACUCAACACCGCCCAUUACCAAAAGACUUCGCGGAGCUACAAGAGAUCCGCCGCGGUGAGGAAGAUUGCAGUCAAGAAUUCCUUAACGACCCCGAUCUCACUGUUCAAGGCCAUGUUAUACCGGGCCCAGAUGGAACUCUCACAGCCAUAAGUCUCUCGCGCCGCGAACCCAUAGACGCGCGAAAACUCCGACCUGGGAUCCUCUUCUUCCACGGCGGAGGACGAAUAAUGGGCAGCGUUUUCACCGGCCUGAAUAGCCUAACCACAGCCGUGAAAGAACUCGACGCCAUAGUAAUCAGCGUGAACUACCGUCUCUCGCCCGAUUACCCCGGGAUCGAGGUCGUGGAAGGCUGCUACGCUUCGCUCCUUUGGCUAUCUCAACAUCUCGACUCUUUCAGAAUCAAUCCCAACCAAUUCAUGAUCGCAGGCGUAUCAGCAGGCGCAGGCCUAGCAGCAGGAACAGCCCUGAUGUCUCGAGACCGGAACGGGCCUAAACUCUGCGCGCAGCUACUGAUGUGCCCUAUGCUCGACGACCGGUGCAACACGCUCUCGUGUCUGCAGUUCGAAAACGGGCGCGGGUUUUAUACAGCUUGGGACCGGUACGCUUGGUCGUGUAUCCUGGGCUCCCAGGCUGGCAAGGACGGUGAAGGGGGCGCUGUCAGUGUCAGUGCGUAUGUUGCGCCUGCGCGCGCGACAGAUCUGUCGGCGCUUCCUUUGGCUUAUAUUGAUGCUGCAUCGGGGGAGCCAUUUCGGGAUGAGGAUAUUGCGUAUGCUACUAAACUAUGGGAGUGUGGGGUCCAGGCGCACUUGCAUAUCUGGGGUGGUGGUUGUCAUGGAUUUGACCUGUUUUAUAGCAGUGAGCUUGGUCGUCAGGCGUGUGCGACGCGGACCAAGUGGUUGACGGAGUUUCUUCGUUCUAAGGAGUAG